AUGGAGCCAAAGCUUCCCCAAGGUCUUGUGGUCAUGUCAAGUGUGUCUCCUAGUGAAAUUCCGGAACAAGACACAUUGAGUACUAGUGUCUACAAGAGCCUUUGGCAAGCCUACUCGACCUCCCAUCUAGCUAGCAAAGACGAGACUGAACGUCGCCUAGAGCACCUCUUCUGGAGAAUAUGGGGUGUUAAACGGCUCUCCGGCUGCAUCAAUACCAAGACCCUAGAUCGUCUUAUCCUACGCAUCAAGGCACCGGCAGCAUUUCCCGUCGGACAAAGGGUGACUGUUCCACCGUUGCCUGGGACCGGCGACAAAGAAGAAGAAAGGGUAAACACCAGUCUGUUUCACACCGCACCAUAUCAACCCCAUAUCGACGAUUCACGCAAGCCAAUCAAUAAAAGUCAGUCAGGCUGCGCAGCCGGAGCCUGUUCUCCUCAUUUAAAAUCGAAAAAGCCGGAGCCUUCACAGGUUGAAACACAUAUAAAAACUCGCUUGCUCCUUGACACUCCUCUCGGCACAAAAAUAACACUCGACCCCUCCAACUCUCCUACCGGAAGCAUGGCUCCUGAGACCACCCCCAAUCGGGGUAACAUGGGCCAUCCUCGUCGCAAGAAGAAUUCAACUGAUUCCGAGUCGACUCUCAUGCCCGAGAAGUUUGGCAACCAGGGUCUUAAGAAGACAUCCAUUAUUCCUGGGCCUACCGUUAUUACAGAAAUCGUGGGUCAUCAAGUUCCCAAGAAGACUUACUUUACUGCGAUACGCAACGGACGAGGCCCACGCCGUCGCCCAGUUUUCAACCGCCGUAAGUCCUCGCAGACAUCUAUCCCGAAGACCGCACCUCCUGCUCGCCGACGCUCCGAGCCCGCCACUAAAGCAGAUGGAGCCGACACCUUCUACGAAGACAGCUACGUAGAGCUGGGUCUACUGCAGCACCUCAGCUUCCGCGAUGAAGAAGACGAAAUCGCGCGUGACCUGGGACAUGAAAUUGCACCUGAGCCAAAGCCUGCUAAGCCUUCUGUUCCACUAUUUGACGACGAAUUUAUCGAUGAGCCCUCUAUUAUAGAGGCCUCGAAAGAAGCACCAAAGACAGAUCCUGUUCCUUUUCCGCGAGCCUCUUCCCUCCGACACCCGAUGCUGAGCCCUGAUGUUCUCGACAAGAUUACGCCGUCGUUUACUAUGGACAGUCUCCUCGAUUUGCCUGGUGGACCUCAGCUCGCUGACGCUGAAGAUGUUGAGGGGGACUGGACGGAUAUCGAUGCUAUUGAUUCGACACUCCCUGUCUUGCAGCCUUUUAAGAACUUGGUCUCGCAUCAUGAGACUGUUGACCAAGAACUCCCCGCUGUGCAGCCCGCUGUUGUUCCCGUUGUCAGGGAGACUUCGCUGCUGACAUCUGCGAUGAAGGGUGUGAAAUUGUGA